CUCGACUGACGGCGUCCUCGCAUCGACUGGCGCUAACUUGGGCCUUGGGUCUUGGUGGCUCCGGUCUCGUGGGAUUCAGCACUGGCAACGAGCCCGUCAGAUUGAACCGAUGCAGGGCAUCUUAUGUGACAUUCCUGAAAAGGAUCCAUCCAUCCAGGCUGGUUCCGAAUGCUAUGCUGGCCGAGUCCCUUAGCAAACAUCCUCGUCCUCGCGUCUCUACGAAUGAGAGCGACUCAUGUAUUCCUGGGCAAGGGUCGACUGGGCCACUAAAUCCUGUCUUUGUAUCAGAUCCCUUCCCUCCAUUCUGAAGCCUUUCGCUGGCUCCAGGUCCCGUCUCAGCCAAACUUCUCCCCGCAGCUUAUUCCCUCCGAAACGGAAAAACUGUCGCACAACAAUCGGUCCUAUCAGCCGCUAGCUUUAGGAGGGGUGGGCGAUAUGUAUAUAAAGAUCAAUCACGACGGUUAUUUUCCCGUCAUGUUUCCUCGAUCCAUCUCUCUUUUACAGCCUACACGCAGGCGAUCUUUCUGCCGUUUCCUUCCCACGUCUGGUCAAAUAGGGGUUCACGACUAUUCGCAGAUAGGGUUCCUGGCGAGUCUACAAGGGAAAAAUGCAGCCCUCGGAGAUGUUCGUAGGGUCAAUUGACCAAGGCACUACGAGUACCCGAUUCCUGAUUUUCAAUCGUGAUGGGGAGCCCGUGGCGUCACAUCAGGUGGAGUUUACCCAGAUAUACCCUAAUCCUGGGUGGCAUGAACACGACCCCCUAGAACUCGUAUCUUCCGUCGAAACGUGUGUCGAAGAAGCCGUCAAGCAGUUUGAAGCCGAAGGCCACUCGCGGCAUGACAUCAAAGGCAUUGGCAUCACCAACCAACGCGAGACAACUGUGGUCUGGGACCAUGAAACCGGGGAGCCGUUGUGCAAUGCUAUUGUUUGGACGGACACACGCUCGCAAGACAUCGUCAGCGAGUUGAAGGAAAGACCCGGGGCGUCACAGCUGCAGCAACUGUGCGGCCUCCCUUUGUCGACCUAUUCCUCCUCUACCAAGCUCCUUUGGAUGCUGGCCCACGUCCCUGCGGUCAAGGAUGCCUUCGAGCGCGGCAAAUUGGCUUUUGGUACCGUCGAUUCAUGGCUUGUGUAUCGCUUGAACGGGGGCCAGCAAGCGAACGUGUUCGUGUCGGACCCGACCAAUGCAUCGCGCACAAUGUUCAUGAAUCUCGAGACCCUGCGGUAUGAUAACACGCUGCUUGACUUCUUCGGCAUCCGGGGUAGAAUCCAUCUCCCUGCGAUCGUGUCAUCAUCUGAUGCACAUGCCUACGGAUUCAUCUCCCACGGCACGCUUUCCGGCGUCCCCAUCAUGGGCUGUCUAGGUGAUCAAUCUGCAGCGCUAGUCGGCCAGAAGGGAUUCUCCCCCGGCAUGGCCAAGAAUACCUAUGGCACCGGUUGCUUUUUGUUGUAUAACGUUGGCGAUAAACCUGUUAUCUCCACACAUGGCCUGUUGGCUACGGUCGCCUACCAUUUCGAUGGCAAGCCCGUCUACGCGCUUGAAGGGAGUAUCGCUGUUGGCGGCUCCGGAGUGAAGUUCUUGCAAAAUAACCUGGAGUUCUUCCAAGACUCCAAAGAGGUAAACGACCUAGCACUCAGCGUCGAGGACAACGGUGGCUGUGUGUUUGUCACUGCAUUUAGCGGACUUUUUGCACCAUACUGGAUUGACGAUGCGAAGGGGACCAUCUUCGGGAUCACCCAAUACACCAAAAAGGGCCACAUCGCCAGGGCCACGCUAGAGGCAACCUGCUUCCAAACCAAGGCCAUCCUCGACGCCAUGGAAAAGGACAGCGGACACGCACUGUCCGAACUAGCCGUUGACGGAGGAAUGAGCAACUCCGACCUUGCCAUGCAGAUCCAAGCAGACCUUAUCUCCAUCCCCGUGUACCGGCCCAAGAUGCGCGAAACCACCGCCCUGGGCGCCGCCAUCGCCGCCGGUCUCGCCGUGGGCCUGUGGCGCAACUUCGCCGAGCUCCGAGACAUCAACCGCGCCGGCGGCGCCGUCUUCGAACCACAGGUCAGUCGCAAAGAAAGCGCCAAGUCGUUUGCUCUGUGGGAAAAGGCCGUGAAUAUGGGCCGUGGCUGGAUUGGCGAUAAGGGACCGCAGGCGCAGACCCAGACCCAGACCCAGACCCAGACCCAGACCCAUAACCACAACCACAACCACAGCCACCAUCGCGAAAGGCAACAGUCUCCAGAGAUCGUCAAGGCUCAGAAUGAAGCGGUGAAGAUCGCUUCGAACAAGGUUAAUGGGGAGAUCAUCGCGCCGGUCAAACCGCCGCUGUUCAAUCUUUGUAGUGAUUUGGAUGAUGCGGAUGAGGAGGAUCUGUAUUUGGAGUUGAGAAGGGUGGAGAUCUUGCAGAGGAUGAAGAAGUUGAGGAAGGUGAAGGUUACGUAUUUAUAA